UCCAAUUCAGGUCAGUUCAUUAAGCCAAUCAGAAAUAAUGUUUCCUAUAUAAGGAACCCAGCAAAUUGCAUCAAGUCACUGACUAGUGUCAGUGACUUGAUGCAAUCCUCAUACUAAACAAGCAUAAAGCGACAGUGCAUAAAGCAUGCUUGCUUAGUAUGAAGAUUGCUGUAAAGACUCUGACACUAGUCAGUGACUUGAUGUGACCUGCUGGGUUCAUUAUAUAAGAAACUUGUUACUGAUCGGCUUAAUGACAUGACCUGUACUGGAAUGUUUACUGUGUGAAGGUCCUUGAGACGACUCUGGUCCUGAUUUUGCGCUUUAUAAAUAAACUUGAAUGUCUACAACACUAUUAGAUACUCAUUUAUACAGUUUAUCAGCCAAAAGAAUAGUUGGUUUGGGUGUUACUUGCUCUUUAAAGCAAUAAUAUUACUGUUAAAUGUGUGAAUAGAACGUUACAGCAUUCAGUAAUUCACUGUGUUUCUGUUUUUCCUACAGGUGUUAAAAUAAUGGCGCUGGUUAAAGAAGAAGCUCAUGAAGAACAGAGUGCUGGUGAGGACCAGCAGGAACCAGAACACCUUCACAUAAAGGAGGAACAGGACGACCUCUGGACCAGUCUGGAGAGAGAGCAGCUACAUUUGAAGGAGACUGAUGCUGCCAGAUUUCUAUUCACUGCUGGUUCUAUAAAGAGUGAGGAUGAUGAAGAAAAACCUCUCGUCUCACAGCUUCAUCAGCAGCAAACAGAAGACCGAGAUGUUCCAGCGAGCAGCUCAGCUGACCAUGUGACAGCAGAAAUGACAAGUCAUUUAGCAACAAGGUCUUCAGGCUGUUGUGCUAGUGUUAAAAUAAUGGCGCUGGUUAAAGAAGAAGCUCAUGAAGAACAGAGUGCUGGUGAGGACCGGCAGGAACCAGAACUCCUUCACAUAAAGGAGGAACAGGACGACCUCUGGACCAGUCUGGAGAGAGAGCAGCUACAUUUGAAGGAGGCUGAUGCUGCCAGAUUUCUAUUCACUGCUGGUUCUAUAAAGAGUGAGGAUGAUGAAGAAAAACCUCUCGUCUCACAGCUUCAUCAGCAGCAAACAGAAGACCGAGAUGUUCCAGCGAGCAGCUCAGCUGACCAUGUGACAGCAGAAAUGACAAGUCAUUUAGCAACAAGGUCUUCAGGCUGUUGUGUUAGUAAGGAAUGUGUUAUAGUGAAGCAACAUGCAGACUCAUGUAGGGAAGUCCAGAGAAAGACUAAAACGUUUAGUUGUGAUCACUGUGGAAAAGAAUUUAUGGUUAAAUCAAGUUUAAACAGACACAUGAGUGUCCACACAGGACAGAAGCCUUUUGCCUGUGAGCUGUGUGGACAAAGAUUUAACCGAAAGACAAGUUUAAACAGUCACAUGAGAAUCCACACAGGAGAGAAGCCUUUUGCCUGUGAGCUGUGUGGACAAAGAUUUAAUCAUAAGCUGAGUUUAAACGGUCACAUGAGUGUCCACAGUGGACAGAAACCUUUUGCCUGUGAGCUGUGUGGACAAAGAUUUAACCAAAAGACAAGAUUAAAUUGUCACAUGAGAAUCCACACAGGAGAGAAACCUUUUGUCUGUGAGCUCUGUGGACAAAGAUUUAACCGAAAGACAGUUUUAAUUUGUCACAUGAGAAUCCACACAGGAGAGAAACCUUUUGUCUGUGAGCUGUGUGGAGAAAGAUUUAAUCAUAAGCUGAGUUUAAACGGUCACAUGAGUGUCCACAGUGGACAGAAACCUUUUGCCUGUGAGCUGUGUGGACAAAGAUUUACUCGAAAGACAAGUUUAAAGAGCCACAUGAGAAUCCACACAGGAGAGAAACCUUUUGUCUGUGAGCUCUGUGGAGAAAGAUUUAACCGAAAGACAAUUUUAAAUUGUCACAUGAGAAUCCACACAGGAGAGAAACCUUUUGUCUGUGAGCUCUGUGGACAAAGAUUUAAUCAUAAGCUGAGUUUAAACGUUCACAUGAGUGUCCACACUGGACAGAAACCUUUUGCCUGUGAGCUUUGUGGACUAAGAUUUACCCGAAAGACAGAUUUAGACAGACACACGAGAGUCCACACAGGAGAGAAACCUUUUAUAUGUGAGCACUGUGGUCAAAGAUUUCGUUAUAAGACAAGUUUAAACAUUCACAUGAAUGUCCACACAGGACAGAAGCCUUUUGCCUGUGAGCUCUGUGGGCAAAGAUUUCGUCAUAAGAAAAGUUUAAACAGUCACAUGAGUGUCCACACAGGACAGAAGCCUUUUGCCUGUGAGCUGUGUGGACAAAGAUUUACUCGAAAGACAAGUUUAAAGAGCCACAUGAGAAUCCACACAGGAGAGAAACCUUUUGUCUGUGAGCUGUGUGGACAAAGAUUUAAUCAUAAGCUGAGUUUAAACAUUCACAUGAGUGUCCACACUGGACAGAAACCUUUUGCCUGUAAGCUCUGUGGACAAAGAUUUAACCGAAAGACAGAUUUAGACAGACACACGAGAGUCCACACAGGACAGAAGCCUUUUAUAUGUGAGCUCUGUGGACAAGGAUUUAGUCAAAAGAUUAGUUUAAACAAUCACACGAGUGUCCACCCUGGACAGAAGCUUUUUGGUUGUGUAACAUGACAUAAGUGGUUACUUUUAAUAAAUGAUCAGUAAGAUGUGAUAUUAUAUAUAAAUGUGAAAUAUCAAUAUUAUUGAUCUUUUGAAAUUUUAUCUAAAAUGAAACCAGGUCAUUUUGGUAGUUCAGGGAAAAUCACACCUUCGUAAUAUUUUGAGACAGAGCGAAAAAUAUUUUCUAAAAACAAAUUUAAUACUACAUUUCUACUACUGUGUGGACAACGGUGGCACAGGAGUAAAGUUCUCGCCCCGUAAUCGAAAAGUUGCAAGUUUGAGCCCCCGCUCAGUCUGUCGCUGUCGUUGUGUCCUUGGGCAAGACACUUCACUCACCUUGCCUGCUGGUGGUGGUCGGAGGGACUGGUGUCGCCUGUGCUCGGCAGCCUCGCCUCUGUCCGUGCGCCCCAGGGCAGCUGUGGCUACAUCGUAGCUCAUCCCCGCCAGCGUGUGAAUGUGUGUGUGAAUGGGUGAAUGACUGAUUGUGUUGUAAAGUGCCUUGGGGGGUUUCCAGGACUCUAGAAGGCGCUAUAUCAAAUACAGGCCAUGUACCAUACACUAAUGAUGACACGGAACAAAUGAUGAUAAAUUAUGGUUGAAACAAGAUAACUGGGACAAUGAAUGAAAUGAUGGAAUGUGUACUUAGAUGUUAUGUAGCAAAACCAAGUGUCUUAGAAAAUUGUGAUAUCUGGGUUGUAAAAUAAGUCUGAAUGUAUGGUUUAACAAUCUCUAUUAAAAACACCAUCCCACGCCAGUUGUGCAGAAUCUACGAGUCCUUGUGGUGAAGGCUGCCGGUGAUCCAGCGGUCGGAGAAGUUGAUACAAACUGCCAGUAGAGUUGACUUCUGUGGUAUUUGGAGCACAUAGUUUCACCCCCAAAAACCAAACCGCUGUUCUGAGAUACCUUCCAGGUGAGUGCUGGAAGCUGGUGUAACAAUUUUGCAACUCCACAAUAAUUUCAGACUUCCUCAUCUGAUGUGGAGAGACCAGCUUGUCUGAGCGUAGCAUUUAGGAGGCGGAUCUCAAGUCUGACCUUGGUUUGCUGCAGUGUGGUCAGAGUCCGUUGUUCCUCUG